UCUCCGCGCGCGGGUCUCCUUCGGCGCAGAGGGCUCUCCCCACCCCCACCCCCCUUUGGUCUUUGGCGUUCAGAGGGGCAGGUUGCGGCGGGUGGGGGCGUCUCUCUGUCUCUCACGCCCACCGGCUCGCUUGAUUUUCGGCUUGCCUGCUGCCGUUGCCGUCCUCGUCGGCUAACGCGGCGUGGCAAGGCGGGUGGGUGGGUAGCACUAACUAGCACGGGAGGAAGGGGGUAUAACUCCUGCUGCUGCGGGGCCUUUUUGGAAUCGCUGCCUAGAAGGGGCACCGGAGAGAGGGAGGAGGGUUGCUCUUGAGCGGCGAACAACCACCGGAGAAGUCCAAAGUCCACCCCGGGCUGGGCUAGGCUUGGCGGAGGGGGAGCGCUCGGUGCCUCUUUUCGUCCUGUUGACUCCGUGGCUCGCACGUCUUGGAGAGGGCUCUGCUCCAGUAGUCACCCCCGUUUCGAUUUAACACCAACGUUAAGCUGGUCCUGCCUUGUGGGUUUAGUCAAUCUCGGAAACCUUUGCUAAACUGUUCCGGUUAGCCCCAGCUAAGGAUUGCAAAGCCACAAAACCAGUGAAAACCGAACCUGGAAUUAAGGAGAAACUUCCUAACAGAACAUAAGUAUAUUUAUCAGAUUAGCAGGACAAUUUUUCUUCAUUGGAAAUUAUGGCAAAAUCUGGAGGAAAAGGAAUUAAUUUGAAGGACAAACUGGAUGGCAAUGAAUUGGAUUUAAGUUUAUGUGAUCUGAAUGAAGUUCCAGUUAAGGAGCUGACAGGACUUCCAAAGGCAACAGUUUUGGAUUUGUCCUGUAAUAAUCUUGCUACUUUACCGUCAGAGUUCUGCAGCUUGACCCAUCUGGUAAAAUUGGAUUUAAGCAAAAAUCGGCUUCAGAAUCUACCAUCAGACUUUGGGCGCUUGAUCAACUUGCAACACUUGGAUCUGUUGAACAAUCGAUUGACUACUUUGCCUGUUAGUUUUGCCCAACUCAAGAACCUGAAAUGGCUUGAUCUGAAAGACAACCCUUUGGAUCCAACACUUGCGAAGGUAGCUGGAGAUUGCUUGGAUGAAAAACAGUGUAAACUGGCAGCUGUCAGAGUACUGCAGCAUAUGAGAGUCCUCCAGUCUGAAUUAGAUUGUGAGAGGCAACGAAAGUUACAGAAAGAACAAGAGCUAGAGAAGAAGCGUGAAGCAGAGCGGCAAGUGAGAGAGGCUCAAGAGAAGGAACUACGUAAGCGGGAGAAGGCUGAAGAGAAAGAACGUCGGAGAAGAGAAUAUGAUGCUCUUAGAAUUGCAAAGCAGAAAAUGACAACACAACAAAGAAGAGAAAAGGGUGAAAAUCAAAAACCCUCUGUUUCCCAUCCGUCUCAUCCACUGAAAAAGGAACGCUCUUGGUCUAGAAUUUUGCUGAAGAUGUUUCUGCUUCUCCUGUUAGGUGCCUUGAGCACUCUGGCUGUUUGUAGGGUUACAGAGCUACAGCACCAGCCACUGUGUGUCAGUGUGAAUAUGCUGUAUGAAGAUGCAUUAACCUUUUUACCAAGUCGUGAAAUCUUUCAAAAUAUACUGCAGCCAAACUCACAGCAAUAAUGCUGUCUGGGCUCUGAAGGACACUUGCCUCCUGCUCCCCCCCCCCCACCCCCAUAUUAACAUAGCCAGAAUUCCUAUGGAAUUAUAAACUCUGGUGAAAAUCACUUUCAGUUGUUUAGCAAUGGCGGCUUUAAACAGAGCAGAUGUUGGCCCAGAUCUUCUUUACUGUAUCUUUUUGAUAAAUAACGUAUUCUUUUUCCAGAGUGGAGCCUUUUUUAGGCUGCAAACCAUAGACUUCUGGUCUGUAGAAAAAAACUGCUUAUCAAGUGAAGCUAGCUUGUCAUUAUAAAAAGCUUUACUACGCAACAGCCUUUGCAUAUUACCAUUCUAGCAAAGAUGCUCAUUCUGGAAACCUUUAUACCAGAUGGCUAAAUCAUCCAUACAGUUGAGAGCUAAGUUUAUUGUUACAUAAAAACUCCUUCAAAUCCA